CGUUGUACAUGCUAACUUACAGUUUAAUUCAUUUUGUUGACAAGCGAUCACUGUUAGAUUCUUUCUAAAUGGUUCAACGAGAUAUUUGUCGUACCGAGUUUUAAGUUUUUAUAAAUUUAUUAAUUUUUGGUGAUUAAAGAGUGUUGAUAAAAUAUAGUUGUUGGACCAAGGACGUCUUCAUAUUUAUCGAGUUUUUUUGGGAUAAUAAAAGGAUAAAAAAUGAAGUGGCUAAUUGUGAUCAUUGCAACGCUACACCUUAGUGGAAUGGCAUGGAGUAAACCUGGCGUAGAAAUUGAAGAGCAACGGCUGCUUAGAAUACCACAAAGUUAUCCUAGACACCAGGCAACCGAAACGAAUUCCAACACUCAAAAAAUAUUGAGUGAAAUCGAACGAAUUAACAUUGAGUUCGGGUAUCUAAAAAAAGAACCGCAAGUUUCACCUCGUAUCGACUUGGAAUCGUAUUUCUAUCCUCGCCCGGCAUAUCAUCCAAUCCAUCAACGGUACAAUAAUGGUAUGGUUCUGCCGCCAACAAUACGGCAAUUGAGCAUGGACGAUGAAUCGUCACAAUUUAAUCCAUUCAACACUCAAACGUUCUAUUACCCGACGCCAUAUCUGCAGGUGCCAUACGCUGAAUCAGCACAACCUUUUCAGCGUGUCGACAAAAGUCAAAAAUUCGGUCCUUCUUCGGCAGAAAUGACAGCCGGGAAUGUGGAAAAUGAGUUUCUUGAUUAUGCGCCACAGUAUGAUCCAAAUAGAAUGCAAGGAAAGCUGGUCAGGGAUUUCAUCCAAGAAAAAGCUCUGGUUCAAGCAGUUAAGAAAAUUGUUAGCGAAAUUAAAGACAACAAUAAAUCGCAGCAGCUGGACACAGCUGUGAUAAUCAAUAAAAUUGAAGAAGAGAGUAGAACCAGCCACAAGCAGCAUCACCACCAUAGAGGUCACACUUCGACGCAAAGUCAUGUGACCAAGAAACAUAAAACAAAACCCGAUGAUGGAGAGGAUUCUAUUGUAAUUUAUGCACAACCUGUGAAGGAAAAUUUAGUCACAGUAACACCUCAAUUGGUAGCUACAACACCUCGAUUAGUUACUACAUCCUCCCAAUCAACAACGAUUCAAGGAAAAUUUUUCACUCGACCAAAACCAAAGCCCCAGACAAACAGCACAGCAGAUUUACUGUAUAAAACAACUGAAAGUCCUCCACCUAUAGUUAGCAACAUCGAACCGUCUGCAGAAAAGGAAGAAUCACCCUUGGGGAAAGGCCCAUUCAGCAGUUUCCUGAACAAUCAAAAAGAGCAGGUGCUUGAAGCCUUACGUGAGGGUGGCAUCAUAAUUCAAAGACUACGGGUAAAGGAAGGAGGAAUCGCAAUUGCAGGACCAGGCGGAGUUGCUACUGCGGGAAGUGGCGGUACAGCCAUUGUGGGCCCUGGAGGGAUCGCAUUGACACAUCCGCGAAGUUUAGCUAUUGCUGGUCCAGGUGCUAAAGUUAUAGCAGUUCCAGAACAUGUUGAUUUGGCACGAUUGGCUUUACGAUCCAAUGCAAGACAAUUACCUAUUGAAGGCGAGGUGGUCGCGACUGGUCCUAUUAUUUAUUACAAUCCACCAACGACACCGUUAAUCGGUAGUAGUAGUUCACCUACUUCUGACGCCUCAUCUUCGAACUAUUCGACCGAUUCGUCAAAAAAUACCAAUUGGACCGAGAUGUCUCCCUUUUUCGAAGUUACAGAAGAACGGCGGCCAUCAGGACCUUGGUUAAUGUAUCAAAGACAUGGCAUGCCAAGAACAUACUACAGCUCAUCGCAAUUUUCCCCAUCAUCAAACCAAUUACCACACCAUUUACCAACGGUAAAUCAAUCUCGAGAUCAAUCCUUGUACAAAAUGAGUGUAGAAUUGACGACGAAGCGACCAACGAAUUCACCGCUACCGUCAAACAAACCCGAAAAAGUGCAAUCAUUGCCGUCACAAAUUGCCACAAAUUUUCGAUUAUUUCACGCCAUUCAAGUAUCCAAAGAUAAAUUUCACAUCAGACAAGUGUAUCCUGUCGUAUCACAGCCUUUGGCUGACGUUUCAAAACGAGACGGUUUCGCCACAGCUACAUCUGUAACAUCAGCAGACAAUCCAGUAUCCAUACCGGCAUUAUCCGAAUCGACUGUCGGAGGAGCUACGUUGAUACUGGAACCGUCGUCAAAGGCAGUUGUAGGUAACGGAGGAAUAGCAAUUUCAUCACCAGUCUCACGUGCAAUUUUACGUAAAAAUAUGGGAACUCGUGUUCUCUAUCGUCCUGAAUCGGUGGCUAUUGCUGGAGUCGGCGGAACCGCUCAUGCCCAGUCUGAUUUGAUUUUAGAUUAUGUGGAACUGCGACUCGAGCACCGUUCCGAUCCGGAAGAGCUAGUCACGAAUCUUCCAUUUUAUGGUGGCGCGAAAGGGCAAGUACUUCAAAUAAGACGUAACCCCGACGGAACCAUUACUACUGAAAUUGUUAAACAAGACAAAGUGGAAAUCGAAAAAGAAGUAUCCGAGGACAUGAACUCCUUUCAAGAAAAUUUGGCAAGCAUUCAGAAGGCCGCCUCUGAAUUGGUUAAUUUGCAACAAGCGAUAAAAAGUUCCGGGAAAUUGACCGAAGGCGACCGGAGUAAAUAUGCCGAGAACUUGGAAAAACUCGGAAUAUCUGCGCAGAAUCUAGCGCACAUACAACAAAACGGUGAUGAUGAUGAUUUUAGAUUGUUGUUCCAAGGACCAUUGUUCCAUAGACAACAGAGCAAUCUUAACUUAGGAAAGACUGAAGAUGCUAACGAUGACGAGGAGGAUGUUGGAGAACAAGUAGAAGACGGAACCGUGGAAGAAGAAACACCUGAUACAGAUUCCAUUCAAAUCAGUACACCAGAUGAUGACGCAUCAAUUGCCGAAGCAAAACCAGUUGGGUUGGCAAUUGCUGGUGAAGGUGGAGUUGCUUCAAGUAAACCAAUUGCAACAGCAGUCGUUGGGCCAGGUGGUUUGGCUAUAGCGCGACCAAUCGCUACUGCAAUAGCUGGAAUAACACCGAGUGAAGUUCAGGGGCUAGGUAUACCGUUGGGAAGUCAUAAGACAGGAACGAGAUUUCACUCCGUCAAUAUUCCCACUGCUCACCGAUACGGCUUAACGUCAGUUUCGAAUGGAAUUGGAUUACUUGUUGGGCCGAGCUUCUCACACGAGUCUCGUGUUCCGGAAAAAGACAUCUCGGCAGAUGAUUCACACAAAGAGGACAACAAGGCUGAACCCAAUAAUAAGAAAGACGAAAAGCCAAUCGAAUCAGAAACGGCAACAAACAAUGAAUCAAAGACUCAAUCAAACAAACAACCCAUGCAGAAACCUGUUAUAGGACCAAAUCUUAACGGAAUCAACCAAUUUCAAAUGAGUCAACGAUAUCCCAAUCCACAAAACUUCCUACAGCAAAACCCAUUUAAUAUGGGACCAGCACAUCACUUUCAAGCUGGACAGAGGUUUGCCCAGGGAUCAAACGGACAGCAACCGCAACCUAAUCAGCAUCCUCACUCACCAGAUGCUAUUCUUCCCGGCCAAUAUCCGUUUAUACCGCCAGUUACUCCAUUCCGUUUCAAUUGGGAUAGCGCGCCAAUUGAACCGACACAAUCCUACGAACCUAUUCCGUUCAUGGACAACAGGGCCUUCAACCCAGCACCCGUGUAUCCUUUCGUGCCACCAGUGAAUCCGUAUCAAUUUUAUCAGCAUUUUAACCGGCAGUAUUAGAGUUUAGUGAAUGAACGCGGGCAAUUAGCUUUUAUUACUAUUAAGGUCACAGGACCAUCUACUCUGAAGGAAAGCAGAUGGACUUUUUAUUGCUACGGUGCAGUAAAAUGGCGUAUCUGCUAUUGGUGGAUUUGACAUUUUGAAUUUAUUAUUUUCUUUGUCGUAGAAAGAAUUAUACCUAAUUUGAGAUGUCGAAUUCAGAGUAGAAAUCAUUACCUUAUUUAUUACAUUUAAAAUUAAGUUUUUUUUAUUUCGUAGAAAAUACCAUUGCCCUAAUUUGCCAAGUAUAAAUAAAGAAAAUUUAAAUU